AUGGAUUUACCCAGUGGGGAAGGCAAAGGGUACUAAGCCCAUACUCGUACAGCCUUAUCACAUGGCGUUAUAAUUUUUAGAAGAAUUAGUUUUCUUUUGAAUUUGUAUUUUUUUCAGUGGUCUUAGCGUUCGUCAUGAACAUCAACAUGGGAUCUGUGUAUGGAUAUUUUUGGAUUAACCCGGACACCUCACAACCUCCUAAUGUAUACACAUAUCCAAAGCUGAUAUCAUCGAAGUUUCUAACUAAUACUGACAUGAGAACUAAUGACAGUGAAAAUAUGAAUACAGUUCCACAAGCAAAUCCGAUUGAAUUCACCAAAGCAAGUGACAAGCAAUUAACUGAUUAUUUAAAUGAGAAACUGAAAUCCUAUAAUUAUUACAAACGCAAUGUUUAUAAUAAAUUCGAACCAGUAUUAUUGGAAGCUAAAAAUGUGUCAGCCGAAGACCCAGUAAAAGAGAAAAUUUAUAAUUACGCUACUUACACAUUGAAAGAAGUUAAUUCAAAAUUAGAUUUAAUCCAAGCCUUACAAAGAAUGUACAGGGAAUACCCAAUGUUUAAGCUGGGAUAUAUGAUUAGUUAUAUUAACAAAACGUAUACGGAUAUGGAAGAUGUGUUUAAAAGGAUUGAAGUAAACAAAGACAAGUUCGAUCUGUUGACUUUAGUCAAUUCAUACGAGCACGUAAGUCAAUAUUCGUGUUAAUUAAUAAUAAGACAAUAGGGUAUUUGAUUAAUUUGGAAAUAUAGUUUAAAAUUAUUGUUUAUUACAUAACAUUAAUAUUUUGGGGAAAUUUACUGUAUUUAUCAAUAAACUACAAGCUAGUUACUUCACAAACUUCAUAAUACUAAAAUCUUCAACAAGUAGCCAUAUUUACUAGCGUGAGACG